AUGGGAGGAAUUGCGUUUCGUUCAACUUCCCCAAAAGAGGCAGCAGCAAACCCUGAACGCACAGCAGCCUCUUGGAGCCCCGUACGCGCACGCCGCACUGGGGCCCAGCGCUUCGGCGCCUGCGCCUGGAGAGGAGCCGCCCCACGUUCGGCGCGCCGUGAUUGGCCCAGCUCCUUUCCCGAGCUUCCUAUUGGUCUCGGGCGCCGACUGUGUGCGCAGGCGCGGGAGCAGGGGGUCGUGUGUACCUGCGCUUUGCCCAGCGUCCCCGCCGGACCCCCGCAGUGUAACUGUCACAGCUGUAGCAGAUGCUUUGAAGUGAUGAGGUUUUUGUUACUCUAUGCUACACAGAGAGGACAGGCAAAGGCCAUAGCCGAAGAAAUAAGUGAAAAAGCAGUUGCAUAUGGUUUUUCUGCAGAUCUUCACUGUAUUAGUGAGUCUCAUAAGUAUGAUCUGAAAACUGAAACAGCGCCUCUUGUGGUGGUGGUUUCUACCACGGGCGACGGAGACCUGCCAGACACAGCCCGCAAGUUUGUUAAAGCCAUACAGGACAAGACACUGCCGGGUGACUUCUUUGCUCACCUGUGGUAUGGAUUACUAGGUCUGGGUGAUUCAGAAUACACGUACUUCUGUAAUGGGGGGAAGAUAAUUGAUAAACGAUUUCAGGAGCUUGGUGCCCAGCGUUUCUAUGACACUGGCCACGCGGAUGACUGUGUAGGUUUAGAACUUGUGGUUGAGCCAUGGAUUAAUGGACUCUGGGCCGCCCUGGCGAAGCAUUUUCUGUUGAGUAAAGGAAAAGAGGGGAUGAAUGGAACUCUCACAAUGGCAUCUAAUGCCUCCCGGAGGACAGACCCCGUGACACCGGAAUUACUACACGUUGAAUCACAGGUCGGACUUCUGAGAUUAGAUGAUUCCAGACGAAAGGAUGCUGAAGUUUUAGAGCAAAAUGCAGUGGACAGAGGUCAAUCGAAUACAUUGGUUGCAGACUUUGAGCCCUCGCUUGCCCGUUCAAUACCCCCGCUUUCACAGGCCUCUCUGAAUAUUCCUGCUUUACCACCAGAAUAUUUACAGGUGCAUCUGGAGGAGUCCUUCGGCCAGGAGGAAAGCCAAGCACCUGUGACCUCAGUGGAUCCAAUUUUUCACGUUCCAAUUUCAAAGGCAGUUCAACUGACUACGAAUGAUGCCAUAAAAACCACUCUUCUGAUAGAAUUGGACAUUUCAAAAACAGAUUUUUCCUACCAGCCUGGAGAUGCCUUUAACGUGAUCUGUCCCAACAGUGACUCAGAGGUGCAGCACCUACUCCAAAGACUGCAGCUCACAGACAGGAGAGAACAUUGUGUCGUCCUGAACGUUAAGGCCGACACGAAGAAGAAAGGAGCAGCCUUGCCCCAGCAUAUACCUGAGAAGUGUUCUCUCCAGUUCCUUCUUACCUGGUGCCUUGAAAUACGAGCGGUUCCUAAGAAGGCGUUCUUGCGAGCCCUUGUGGACCACACUGGCGACGGCGCGGAGAAGCGACGGCUGCAGGAGCUGUGCAGCAGGCAGGGGGCGGCCGACUACAACCGCUUCGUCAGAGACUCCCGUGCCUGCCUUUCAGACCUCCUGCUGGCCUUUCCGUCCUGCCAGCCUCCGCUCAGCCUCCUGCUUGAACAUCUUCCUAAGCUCCAACCCAGACCAUAUUCAUGUGCAAGCUCGAGUCUGUUUCACCCAGGGAAGCUUCAUUUCAUUUUUAACAUCGUGGAGUUUGGGUCUGACACCACGGCGGUGACUCUGCGGAAGGGCGUGUGCACGGGCUGGCUGGCCACGUUGGUUGAAUCGAUUCUUCAGCCGAACACAGGUGCCUCCCGGGCAGACGGCGAGAAGGUCCUGGCGCCCGAGAUAUCCAUAUCUCCUCGGGCAACAAAUUUUUUCCAUUUACCAAAUGACCCCUCAGUCCCCAUCAUAAUGGUGGGUCCAGGAACCGGCAUAGCACCUUUCAUUGGCUUCCUGCAACAUAGAGAGAAACUGCAAGAACAUCACCCAGAUGGACACUUUGGAGCAAUGUGGUUGUUUUUUGGCUGCAGACAUAAGGAUAGGGAUUAUUUAUUCAGAGAGGAGCUCAGACAUUUCCUUAAGUGUGGAAUUCUCACUCACUUGAAAGUUUCCUUCUCAAGAGAUGCUCCUGUGGGGGAGGAAGAAGCCCCAGCAAAGUAUGUGCAAGACAGCAUCCAGCGUCACAGCAAGCAGGUGGCAAGGGUCCUUCUUCAGGAGAAUGGUCAUGUUUACAUGUGUGGAGAUGCUAAGAAUAUGGCCAAGGAUGUAAAUGAUGUCCUUGUGGAGAUAAUAAGCAAAGAGGUUGGAGUUGAAAAACUAGAAGCAAUGAAAACAUUGGCUACUUUAAAAGAAGAAAAACGAUAUCUUCAGGAUAUUUGGUGAAAAAAUUGGAAAAUAAAGGAAGAGAAUAAAGCUUUUUGGCUGAAAGUACUAAAAGACAACUUUACUGAAGCUUGAGACUUCUGAUUUUUAAAAUUAAAAUUUUUUUUGACCAUUUCUUGGAGGAUGUCGGGGGGUGGCAUGGAGAGCGGACCAUUUCACAGUGUAGGAAGCUUUCAAUUCAGGUUCCCAUAUAUGCCCCCCCAACCCUCCCCAAACCGCCCUGAGCUGAAAAAGGCAGCCCGCACUCCUCCGCCAGCACCUCCCGGGGCGCCUCUCCCUCCGGGAGAGCUUCUGCAGGGACUGCGACCAGAUCACAGGGCAUCUCUAGCAGUACAUGUGAAGGCUUCUCAGUACGGGAUUUGGGCACGAGCGUCACCUGGGUAGACAGUUAAAUCUUGUGAGCUAGUCACCGUUUCUUUUUAAAUAAUCUAAAAAUAAUUUAUAUUCUUAUCUUAAAAUAUACGAUAAAAAUAUUCAUAUUAGUGCAUUAAAAUUACAUAUGUAUAGCAUAUAUGAUUAUAUAAUUUUAUCAAAUUUUUUUUAUUACCAAAACUAUACUUCUGAUAAAAAAUAUUUUAAGAUAAUGCUUACAGGGAUUUUUUUAUGCUAGAAAUCUGAAAUAUAUUUUGAAAUUCCGCUCUGGCAUGUGAUUUAUUUACCACAAUUACUUCCUUUUAAUAUCACAGUGUCAGAAUUUAGGGAAUUUGCACUCACUUUACAGAUGCGAGCAGAUGCAUGUUUAAGUAAAGCUACACCCUUUUGUCCUCCUCUGUCCAGCCCCCAGCCCACCCCCAUUCCCCACCUUUUCAUUUCUGCUCCUUUUGGCAUAUUUUUUAGUUUUUCCACAUAAUCUAUUUUACCUUCAUGAUAUCACACAAGUUGUAACCUGGGCUUAAAAUACCUACUUAAUAUCCUUGUAUUUUUAAAAUUGCUACUAUUGUCUGCAUAUUUUAUGUCUUCCAAAUUCAUAUAUUCAAAUCCUGACUCCAGUGUGAUGGUGGUGGGAGCUGGGGCCUUUGCGGAAUGGUUAGGUCAUGACGCUGGAGCCCUCAGGAAUGGGGUCAGCGCCCUUGUUACAAGAGGCCCCGCAGAGCUCCCCGCUCCUUCCCCCUGUGAGGACAUCGUGGAAGUCGGUUGUCUGCAACCCUGAGGCCUUCACCAGGACCCGACAACACUGGCACCUGGUCUUUCCAGCUUCCAGAACUGUGAGAAAUUCUAUUGUCUGUUAGCUACCUGGUGGUAUUUUGUUACAGCAGCUCGAAUGGACUAAGACAAUUCCCGGUGACAUGUUCUCUUUUAAGAUUUUGUCAGAAUGGAAAUCAAAAUGUAAAAGGGGUAUGAAAACUUUUCUCCUACUCUCAGGUAUAUAUUGUUUUUUUUAUGAAAGAGAUUGGCAUUUAAAAAACAAAUCUUCACCUGUCACAGGUUUCUGGUCAUUUUGAAAAAUGAAGAUCUGAAGGAAAUAUUAUAUAAUCUUAAGAUUUGUUAAGGCUUCAUGGCUGUUUAUUAUAAUCUCUAAUCUCAUAUAUUUUACAAUAGAAAUAUUUCCAAAAAAACAAAAGGCAUAAGAAAACAUAGCAAGCAGAAUUAUAUGCAUAUGUUAUAUAUAUAUCAACCAAAAUAGACUCAAGGUGAAAACAUGAAAGGGGACAAAGAACAAUAUUCCUUAUUGAUAACUAACAAGAAUAUAUGACAAUUAAGAAUUUGUGUCCAUCUUUUUGAAUUAUGGUUUUCUCAGGGUAUAUGCCCAGUAGUGGGAUUGCUGGGUCGUAUGAUAGUUCUGUUUUUAGUUUUUUAAGGAACCUCCAUACUGUUCUCCAUAGUGGCUGUAUCAAUUUACAUUCCCACCAACAGUGCAAGAGGGUUCCCUUUCUCCACACCCUCUCCAGCAUUUAUUGUUUGUAGAUAUUUUGAUGAUAGCCGUUCUGACCAGGGUGAGAUGAUACCUCAUUGUAGUUUUGAUUUGCAUUUCUCUAAUGAUUAGUGAUGUUGAACAUCCUUUCAUGUGCCUCUCUGCCAUCUGUAUGUCUUCUUUGGAGAAACGUCUGUUUAGGUCGUCUGCCCAUUUUUGGAUUGGGUUGUUUGUUUUUUAAUAUUGAGCUGCUUGUAUAUUUUGAAGAUUAAUUCUUUGUCAGUUGCUUCAUUUGCAAAUAUUUUCUUCCAUUCUG